GAACAAAUACGCAAAAGGAAAGAGGAAGAAGAAAGGAUAGCUGCUCAAAAUGAGUUCCUCAACCGAUCGUUGCGGGGUUCCCGGAAACUACAAGCCUUGGAGAGCAAGCCUCAAGGUACCAUCAACGACGCCUAUGAAGACGAAGUUACGGAUUUUACGUCAGAGUCUUCCGAGGAAGAGAAGGAAUGUGUCCAUUCGGCAUACGCUUAUGGUGAUCUGGUCGAUGCCGUUCAAAGGCUCCAGCUUCAGCUGAAGAAAACGUCGGCUGGUUCCGGUAUUUCCGGGCUAGAGGGACGUAUAGCUGCCAUACAGUCCCUCCUAUUGUCUCCUCAAUUUGGCCGGGCGCUGGCCAUACAUAACAAGAUACAGGCUGUCCGAUCGCAGACCUCCGUUCGGACACAGCCCAUAGCUCAAAAUGCUCUCAGGGACGCCCAGGACGCCUUGGGCAAUUCGCAGAGUGCCUACGCGGUGGAAUUGGCUACCUUACUUACAGGAUACGAAUUCGAAGGCUUGAUGGUAGCUCACGAUGGCGUUGCUUCCACUUUACCACCGGAUUCGACAUCGCCCCCGCCACAACCUCCCCUUGGUCUGCCAGCCAUCAGGAGCAGUCGCUACGGGAGCGAAGAUAACAUAAAAAUUAUUAGGAUAGAAAAAACGACUGAGCCUCUAGGCGCCACUGUGAGAAACGAAGGGGAUGCUGUUAUCAUAGGUCGAGUAGUAAGAGGGGGAGCAGCAGAGAAAAGCGGUCUUCUUCAUGAGGGCGAUGAAAUUUUGGAAGUAAAUAGUAUAGAAAUGCGUGGCAAAAGCGUCAAUGCAGUCUGUGAUAUUCUUAAAGAUAUGGAGGGAUCCUUGACUAUACUUAUCAUUCCGGCAUCACAAUCAAG